UCACCAUGGCCAACUCCAGCCACAUCCAGUCGGCCGCCUCCAAGAGCAUCCGCCCGUUCCGCUCCAGCGAGGAGUACCUGGAGGCCAUGAAGGAGGACCUGGCCGAGUGGUUCAACACCCUCUACGACCUGGACAUCCAGGUGGACACCUUCCUGGAGAGCCUGGAGACGGGCUGUCACCUCUGCCGCCACGCCAACAACGUCAACCGCACCGCCCUGGACUUCCAGGAGCGGCACCCCGAGGCGGCCGCCCGCAUGCGGGUGCCCCAGAACGAGGUGGUCUUCCAGGCCAAGAACGUGGUGCCCGGCUCCUUCAUCGCCAGGGAUAACGUCUCCAACUUCAUCCAGUGGUGCCGGCAGGACCUGGGCAUCCAGGACGUCCUCAUGUUCGAGACCAACGACUUGGUGCUGAAGAAGAACGAGAAGAACUUUGUCCUCUGCCUGCUGGAGGUGGCCAGGAGGGGCUCCAAGUUCGGGAUGCUGGCGCCCAUGCUGAUCCAGAUGGAGGAGGAGAUCGAGGAGGAGAUGAGGGACCAAAUGGGCGACGGCGCGCUGGGCACGCGCCGGGAGAGCCGGGACCUCCAGGCGGGCGCCUUCCCCGGCCGGGCCCGGCCCAUCACCCUCUGCGACCUCAAGAACCUGGACGAGCUGGUGAGACACGCGCUCCCCUGGGAGCCCUGUGCCUGGGUGAGGGCCUCGCCGGCCACCCAGCUCCGGGCACCGCCGGGGCCCCUCUGCCCACCCAACGGGCGCUCUGUGCUCCGUGGGAGCUCCCGUCUGUCUCUGUGGUCCGUGGGAGGUCCUGUCUGCCCACCCAGCGGGUGCUCUGUGGUCCGUGGGAGGUCCCACCAGUCUCUAUGGUCCUCUGUCUCUGUGGUCCGUGGGAGGUCCUGUCUGCCCACCCAACGGGGUGCUCUGUGGUCCACCCUUCUCUGUGGCCCUCAGGAGGUCCUCUCUGUGGUCCAUGGGAUGUCCCAUCCAUCCCUGUGGUCCAUGAGAGGUCCCACAUGUCUCCGUGGCCCCCAGGAGUUCCUCUCGUGUCUCUGUGUUCCAUGGGAGGUCCUGUCUGCCCACCCAGUGGGUGCUCUGUGGUCUCUGGGAGGUCUUCUCUGCCCACCCAGCGGGGUGCUCUGUGGUCAAUGGGAAGUCCCCCCCAUCUCUAUGGCCCCCAGAAGGUCCUCUGUCUGUCUCUGUGCCUCCCUCAACGUGUUCGCCAAGCACGGGCUGCCCGCCGAGGACGGGCGGCGGAGCGGGAACAGCGACGGCAACAACAACAACGGGAACAACGGGAACAACGACGGGCUGUGCCCCCCGACGCUGCCCUCCAACCCCUCCGUGGGGGACGUGAGGCGCCGCUCCACCCUCUCCAGCUCCUCCGACGAGAGCUGCUGCUUCCCGGCCUCCUGGGACAACCGGGAGACUCCCGGGAAUCCCGGCUCCGACACCGACUGGGCGCCCGGGGAGGACGAGCUGCUGGAGAUGGAGGAGACCCCCCUCGCCCCGGGGGUCUCCACGCCCCCGCGGCGGCCCUGGGCCAAGCCCCGGCUGGACACGCAGCCCCACAAGGCGCCGUCCCGGAUCCCCACCCCGAGGGGUUACGGGGUCGGGACCCCCCGGCCCCACAACGGCAGCCCCAAGGCCUGGGGGGCCCUGCAGAGCGUCUUCUCCUCCCUGCUGGAGCCCCCCUGGGCCCCGCGGGAGCGCGAGGGGCUGGAGGAGGACACGUGGCCGUGAGAGGUGGCCACGGCACCCCUGGGGACAUCCCGGAGCGGCCACUGGAGGUGGCAGCCGUGUGGAGACGUGAUGGACGUGGCCCGGGGGCGGGCAGGACGCCUUCACCCGGUGACUGUUGGCAGGGGGGUGGGCCCUGCGAGGAGCCCCCAGCCCCAGGCAGGCCCAGAGGGCCCCGGGUGUGCCCCCAGCCCCCGGGGAGCAGCUCCGUGGGGGUGGUGGUGUGGUCAUGGUGGAGGUGGCCAGAGCAGAACUGGCACCUGGGAAUGGGGCUGGAGAGCCCCUGGCUCUGCUCAGCUGGGACUCUUCAUCUCUUCUCAUUCUUCUCAUCUUGUUUUCUCCUCCUCUUCGUGCUAUUCUUGUCAUCCUCCUCCUCAUCAUCUCAUGUUCUCUCAUAUUUCUACUCUUCUUUUGGUCACCUUCUCCCUACUCUUGUCUUCUCCUCCGUGGCCUUUGUGUCCUUCUCAUCAUCACCUUCUCUUCUCGACCUUGUCCUCCUCUUGUCUCCUUCUCUUCUUGGCCUUCUUGUCCCCUUGUCAUCAUCACCUCCUUGGUCGCUUUUUUGUUAUUUUCAUCUUCUUGGUCAUCUCCUGCCUCUCUUCUCUCCCUCCUCUUCCCUCCACCCCUGAGAUGACUUGGGGACGUGCAGCUUGUCACCACAACCCGGAUUUGAGGUCAGGAGGGGGGUCACUGUGUCCCCUCCGGCCCCAGCACUGCUGGGAUGAUGUCCCCAGGGUGGGACAGGGCUGUGCCCCCCGUGGCCCCCACCCCU